AGAGAUAGGUGUAAGGAAACAUUACCAAUGUUUGAGUGCACCCUGGGAAUCAAACCGGUCUCAGUGUGAGAUGAGGCCACCACCAACUGAUUGGGGUAGUAACAAUGGAAAUAAGUCAUGCUGUCUGACUUUUUUGGGUUAUUCUAGAUAAUUUACACAUAUGUUACUAUGUAUGAUAAUUGUACUUGUGUACCUGCACCUAAAUGAACUUACUUAACACUCCUGGAUUACUACCCUGGAUAAAGUCUUCAUGUCUGAAGUUUGAAGUUAAUAGAUAUUAUUGGUUUUAAUAUAUCUGAGACCUGCCAAAUAGGGCCUUUUCUAGGGGCACCUUAAUGAUGGUGAAGGGCUCUUGAUCCAAGGAAUAGGACUUUUCUUCCAUGGAUCAAGCUUGAUUGCCUCUCAUUUCCCCAUGCACUGUGUGACCUUAUGGAUUUAGAGCUUCUUCCUAAAUAUAAUAAAUCAGUCACAAAGGGCUUUGUAAGUUUUUAUUUAGGCUUUGGAUAUAGUGUGAUAUUUGUAGAUGAAUGGUUCAGAGAACCGACAUGUUGAUAAAUUUGACACAUGUGCAAUUCUUGGGUAUCUUUAUUGAGGAAACGUUUCGCCACACAGUGGCUUCAUCAGUCAAGUUUCUCCUAUGUAUGGACUGAUGAAGCCACUGUGUGGCAAAACGUUUCCUCAAUAAAGAUACCCAAGAGUUGCACAUGUGUCAAAUUUAUCAUAGUGUGAUAUACCAGGGAUAGGAAGGUAAACCCUUCUUACCUUCAACAUACACAUAAUGAGUAAUGAGCUUGACAAUCAAGUACACCACCUCACUUCAGAUUCAAAAUUCAGAAAUUUAUUUCUUUGCAUAAUAUACAAUGUGUAGUUUACAAGUAGUAAAAUAAUGCCAUGCACAAAGGAAGCUACUAAUGCACGAGUAUUUCAGGCAGACUGAUUUUAAUGCACACAUACUACAGUACUUUAAACUGGACACAAGUUAGUGGUGAAUUUUAAUUAUUAAUACAAAAAGAGGGGUGGUCAAAAUUUUAUAUUAGUACAGUUUAUAAUAGUGGGGUUGCAAAAAAAAUUAUGAUUAGUAAAAUUUACACCUGUACACUUUUAAAUCUGUAUUAAUACUUGAAUUAAUUUAGUGUUCUCAAAGUUAAUUGGGAUUAACUAACUGGUUCUAUGAUUUCAGACUUGCUGCACACUACUGUGGGCUUACUCCCACUUAACAUUUUACUCUCAAAUCAAUGCUAUACAGACUAAUAAGAUUCAGGAAGGGGGAAGUUAAUACAUCAAUGCACUUGAUUACAUUUUAUUAGUACUUGUAUAACAGUUUACACGGUUAAAGAGAAAGUAUCUGCUAUUAAGAUAACUGGGGAUAAUACAAGGUAAUUUAGAUAGGAAUACAAUUAGCUGAUGAAAUCAGAUAUACACAUACAGAAUAGUCCUUAGAAUAGAUUUCUCCUCGAGAUCAGUCAGCUUCUAGGUAAAGGUCCCAAGACCUCACAGUCUCCAGUUCUGUCAGUGACAGAGUUUGGCCACUAAUUCCUCACAGAAAGUCUACCAUGGUAGACUUUCACAACCAGGUUGUGAAACUUUAGCAGCCACCACUCCCAUCAUUGCAAGCAAACAGAAACAAGACACCUGGUCUCGCCUCACUUACAUUUCUCACAAGCUUGAUAUUGGACAGGCAGUGUCAAGAUACAACAUAAAAUAAAAUAAAAAAUGAUUUUAGUGGUCUUGAGGGCACUUAUUGGCACACAAGAAAGAACAUUGUAGAUUUAACCUAGGAUAACACAAUUGGUAACUGCCUCAGCUUAUAACUGAGGGACCAAGGUUUGGUCCCCAGAUGAAUGAAAGCAUUGGGCAUGUUUCUUACACCUGUUCCUGUUAACCUAGCAAUAAGUAGGUACCCUGGUGUUAAUUGUCUUCACGGGGAGACAAAGGACCCCAAUGGGGUCCUUUAUUGGUUUAUCCUGAGUUACUAAGCCUUUGUGUUAAUUAUCAAAAGAAAAUUAUCUGUGUGACUUAGCAGAAACUAGUACUUAAAAUGAUAUUAUUUCCAUCUAGAUCUUUUUUGAUCUCGACACUGUAAACCACAAUAUCUUGGUGCCGAAACUAGAUGACAGCAUGAGACUACUGUAUCUACGAUACUAUUGGUCUUGUUUUGUGGUUAUGAAGAAGUUACCGAAGGCAAGCCGUGUGGCUGAUUUUUUGCACAAGAGCUUUGUAGUGACAUGUGGUAGCAGGUCUUCUCAGAUUCUGACAAUGAUAAAAACAGCACAUUGUCUAAUACAACUAGCUCCUCAUUUAAGCAGGAUUGGUUGUGGCAUUCAUCGCUUAAUCCACAGUACCACUGUAACUUGGACACAACCUAGCUUUCCUUCAGCUGUAUGGAAGCUUGGAAGUCUUAAUCAUGUGGCUAUUGCUACUCCUGACCUGAAGAAGAGCACUGCCCUUUAUAGAGAUGUGCUGGGUGCAGAGGUGAGCGACAUACAAGCUCUUCCAGACCAUGGGGUAUACACAGUAUUUGUCAAGCUGGACAAUGCAAAACUUGAACUGCUGCAUCCAUUCGGAGAGAAUAGUCCCAUUCAGAAUUUCCCUCGAAAGAAAAAACGGGGGCAUCCAUCACAUCUGCACGAGGUAAAUGACAUUAAAGCUGCAAUGAAAGACCUCAAAAAAAAAAAUAUUGGUGCUUAA